CGCGCCGCCCCGCGCCGCGCCGCGCCGCGCCCGCGCCGCCCGUUUCAGGCCCGUUUCAGGCCCGUUGGCACCGGGCUAACAGCUCCACCACGUCCGUCGCCCUGGACGCCCGCGGACCGCCCCAGGAAGCCCGGCCCGCGCAGCCCCACCAGCAUGGGCAGCCUCGCGUACCGAGAAGACCUUGAGGAGGAGAAGAACUCAGAGUUCACCUGGGAGGUGCAAGCCAACAACCGGUCCUACAACAACCAGUUCAAGGAGAAAGUCUUCCUGUGCUGGCAGAGGAAGAAGUACAAGAGGAACGUCAUCCAUACGACCAAAUACAACGUCUUCUCCUUCCUGCCCUUGAACCUGUACGAGCAGUUCCACCGCAUGUCCAACCUCUACUUCCUUCUCAUCAUCAUCCUCCAGGGCAUCCCCGAGAUCUCCACGCUGCCCUGGUUCACUCUGUUCGCCCCGCUUGUCGGCCUCCUCACCAUCCGGGCCACCCGAGACCUGGUGGAUGACAUUGGGCGACACAGGAGCGACAGGAACAUCAACAACAGGCCAUGCCAGAUCCUGAUGGGGAAGAGCUUCCUGUGGAGAAAGUGGAAGAAUCUGUGUGUAGGAGACGUGGUCUGUCUGCACAAAGACAGCAUCGUCCCGGCCGACUUGGUCUUGCUGGCCAGCACGGAGCCCAGCAGCUUGUGCUACGUAGAGACGGCUGACAUCGACGGGGAGACCAACUUGAAGUUCAGGCAGGCACCGACGAUCACCCACCACGAGCUGACCAGUAUAAGGAAGAUGGCGUCCUUCCAAGGCAAAGUGGUGUGUGAGGAACCCAACAGCCGGAUGCACCACUUUGUGGGGUGCCUGGAGUGGAAGGGCAAGAAAUACCCCCUGGAUAGCGGCAACAUCCUCCUGCGCGGCUGCAAGAUCCGGAACACGGACACCUGCUAUGGACUGGUCAUCUACGCCGGUUUUGACACAAAGAUCAUGAAGAACUGUGGCAAGAUCCAUCUGAAGAGAACCAAGAUAGACCAUCUGAUGAACAGACUGGUGGUCCUGAUCUUUCUGUCCAUGGUGGUAAUCUCCGCAGUCCUGACCUUGGGCUUCCGGUACAAGGUGAGGGAGUUCAAGGCCAAGCACCACUACGUGUCUGCCCAGCACGUGCGCAGCGAGGCCACCCAGACCUUCUUCAUCUUCUGGGGCUUCCUCGUCCUGCUCAGCGUCAUGGUGCCCAUGGCCAUGUUCAUCCUGGCCGAGUUCAUCCACCUGGGGAACAGCAUCUUCAUCAACUGGGAUGAGCGCAUGUACUACGAGCCCCAGGACUUGCCCGCCAAAGCGCGAAGCACCAGCCUCAACGACCUGCUGGGCCAGGUGGAGUACAUCUUCUCCGACAAGACGGGAACGCUCACACAGAACGUCAUGACCUUCAAGAAGUGCUGCAUCAACGGCGUUAUCUACGGCUCAGAGGAAGAGGACACCCUACUCAAGGAGGACCCCUACCUCUGGAACAAGUUUGCCGACGGGAAGCUGCACUUCCGCAACGCGGAGCUCCUGCAGGCUGUGCGGGCCAACCAGGACCAGAGGGUGCGCGAGUUCUGGCGUGUACUGGCCAUCUGCCACACGGUGAUGGUGCAGGAGAAGAACAACCAGCUGUUGUACCAGGCAGCUUCCCCAGACGAGGAGGCGCUGGUCACGGCGGCCCGGAAUUUCGGCUACGUGUUCCUGGCACGCACGCAGAACAGCAUCACUGUGAUGGAGCUGGGAGAGGAGCGGGUGUACCAGGUCCUGGCCAUGAUGGACUUCAACAGCUUGCGCAAGCGGAUGUCGGUGCUGGUCCGCAACCCCGAGGGCUCCAUCUACCUCUACACCAAAGGGGCCGACACGGUCAUCUAUGAGCGCCUGCAGAAGAAAGGCCUGAUGGAGCGGACCACGGAGGAGGCCUUGGCCUCCUUCGCCGAGCAGACCCUGCGGACACUGUGCGUGGCCUGCAAGGAGGUGGACGAAGACAUGUACGAAGAGUGGCGCCAGCGGCACCAGGAAGCCAGCGUCCUGCUGCAGAACCGUGCCCACGCCCUGCACCAGGUGUAUGAGGAGCUGGAGCAGAACCUUCAGCUGCUGGGAGCCACAGCCAUCGAGGACAGGCUCCAGGACGGUGUCCUCGACACCAUCAAGUGUCUCAAGCAGGGGAACAUCAAAGUGUGGGUUCUCACAGGGGACAAGCAAGAGACAGCGGUGAACAUCGGCUUUGCCUGCCAGCUGCUCUCGGAGAACAUGAUCAUUCUGGAGGAGAAGGAGAUUGUGCGGAUCCUGGAGGUCUACUGGGAGAGCAACAAUAGCCUGCAGGGUGGCAAGAAGGGCCACCUGAAGAAACAGCUCCCCCUGCAGGUCAAAAUGGCCUUGGUCAUUAACGGGGAGUUCCUGGACCAGCUGCUGCUCUCCCUGCGCAAGGAGCCCCGGGCCCUGGUCCAGAACGUGAGCUUGGAUGAGGAGGAGCCCUGGCAGGAGCCCAGAGAGGAGAGGGCGGACUUCCUGCAGGCCAGGCGCCUGUCCCUGAUGUGGCGGGUCCUUGGGAUCCAGCUGUGGAACACGGGGCUGGCACCGCAGGACAAGGGCUACAAAGCCCUUGAGAGCGCCGAGGUGCGACGGGAGCGGGCCUUCGUGGAGCUGGCCUCCCGGUGCCAAGCGGUCAUCUGCUGCCGGGUGACACCCAAGCAGAAGGCCUUGAUCGUGGCACUGGUCAAGAAAUACCAGGACGUGGUGACCCUGGCCAUCGGGGACGGGGCCAAUGACGUCAGCAUGAUCAAGACUGCGGACAUUGGCGUGGGGCUGGCGGGUCAGGAGGGCAUGCAGGCGGUGCAGAACAGCGACUAUGUGCUGGCCCAGUUCUGCUUCCUGCGGCGGCUGCUGCUGGUGCAUGGCCGUUGGUCCUACAUGCGCGUCUGCAAGUUCCUGCGCUACUUUAUCUACAAGACGCUGGCCAGCAUGAUGGUCCAGAUCUGGUUCGCUUUCUACAGCGGCUUCACUGCCCAGCCUCUGUAUGAAGGCUGGUUCCUGGCGCUCUUCAACCUGCUAUACACCACCCUCCCGGUUCUCUACAUUGGGCUCUUCGAGCAGGACGUGAGCGCCGAGCGGAGCCUGGAGUUGCCCGAGCUGUAUAUGGCGGGCCAGAAGGACGAGCUCUUCAACUACUGGGUCUUUCUCCAAGCCAUCGCCCACGGCACGGCCACGUCCCUGGUCAACUUCUUCAUGACCUUGUGGAUCAGCCGGGACUCAGCUGGGCCUGUCAGCUUCAGUGACUAUCAGUCUUUCGCGGUGAUCGUGGCCCUGUCGGGACUGCUGUCCAUCACCAUGGAGAUCAUCCUCAUCACCAAGUACUGGACCGUCCUGUCUGUGCUGGCCAUUUUCUUCAGCCUUGGCUUCUACGCGGUCAUGACCUGGCUCACCCAGAGCAUCUGGCUCUUCAAAGUCUCCCCCAAGACCUUCCCAUUUCUGUACGCUGACCUCAGUGUGCUGUCCCAGCCCCCCAUCCUGCUGGUGAUCCUGCUGAACGUGUCACUGAACACCCUGCCCGUGCUGGCCUUCCGCAUCAUUUACCAAGCCCUCCAGAAGCCAGGGCCCAAGGAGGAGGAGGAGAAGACCACAAGUGAGGAGAUCAUUACCGUGGAGCCCAUACCCCAUGUCCUCCGGGAGGCACGGACCCGGCGCUCCAGCUAUGCCUUCUCCCACCGGGAGGGCUAUGCGGACCUCAUCACGCAGGGCACAAUUCUGCGGAGGUCACCAGGGGUCAACAGCGACAUGCUGGUUGAUCACACGAGGCCACCUGAUGAACUGCCCUCGAGCAUGGAGGAGUCCUCCUGGUACCCCAGGAAGAUGUCGUUCCUGGGGAGGAACAGGCGCCAGCACCAGGGGAAGGUGUCCUCCGAGGAUGUGCAGCCUGCCUCUGAGGUGAGCUCAUCCGUGCCUGUAGAUGGCCAGUCCUCUCCUUAUCAGGAGAGCCAGCACUCUCUCACCAAAAACCGGCUGUCCGGGUCUCUCCAGGAGAAGCUGCCGAAGAGGCAGGAGAGGUCACUGUCAUAUGAGCCGUGGCCAUAUACUCCCGAGAGUCUGCCACCAACCAAGGAGACACCACUAUCAGCGGAGGAGAGCCAGAUGACGUCUUCUGAGAGCCAGAUGCUGUCUUCAAGCCAGCUGUCUUUGAAGAGCCAGUCAGCACACUUGCAGGAGAAGACAUCCCUCUGGAAGAUCCGGAAACUGUCCUGGAAGAACUGGCCAUACACCUGGCAAAAGGAGCCCGGGCCCCCCAAGGAGGGGACAGUGCCAGUUUCCAACUCGAACCUCACUGCUCUGAUGGAAACUCCGCCACCAACUGCGAGAGGAUCAUCCACCAGCGAGCAGCCGAUGGAGGUGGAGCCCUCACCUGUGGAGAGGCAGCCGUCACCCAUGGAGUGGCUGCCAGGGCCCAGCGAGAGUCAAACUCCACCUGAUCUGGCAGGGCUGCCGCCCUCGCCUGAGGAACAGCAGUGACUGCCCAGGCUUAAUAAGUGUCACCGGCAUCACGAGGCCUUCCCCCAAAGACAGGGGCUCCACCUGCUCUUCUUUCUCUA